AUGAAGAAACUAGUGAGAAGUCAAAACGAAAUCUUCAACCGAAUUAACAAAUCCAAAAUAAAUUUUGCCAAGUCUCCAAGUGUCAGAAUAACAACUAGUUACAUCGAAACAAAAUUAGAAAAUUUAUCGGAAUUGUGGCAAAAUUUCAACAAAACUCACGAUAUAAUUAUUUGUGAAGUAAGCGAUGCAGAGUACCAAGAAUCGGAAUAUUUCACCGAAGACUUUUUCAGCAAGACCGAGGAAUUAUACACCGAAUAUAAGACCGAACUAAAAGAAAAAUUGAAAAGGUGCAUUCAGGUAGAAGUCAGACAUCAGGAAACAUCACAAAGUGAGGGGGAGCAAGUCAGAGUGCAGCUGCCCAAGAUCUCCAUACCCUGCUUUUCUGGGAAAUAUGCCGAAUGGAUCACAUUUCGAGAUCUUUUCUUGUCACUUGUCCACAACAACAGCUCCUUACAAAAGGUACAGAAACUUCAUUACCUGAAAAGCUACCUAACUGGUGAAGCGGAACAGUUGGUGCGUCAUCUACCAAUUACAAGCGACAAUUAUUCUGUGUGUUGGAGCCUUUUGGAAAGUAGAUUUAACAAUAAGAAAUGUAGAAUCUGCAAUAAGAAGCAUCACUCUUUAUUGCAUUCAACCAAUAACAACGUACCAUCCAACAAUGUUCAAACAACACAAUCAAUUAACCCAUCAAGAACCAAUCAUGUCGUUGCGACAACAGCAACAACAUCUGAUGACAUUGACCAGCAAACCAACAUUACCACUUGUUUCUCUAACAACAAGAGUCAAGUUCUUUUAGCAACCGCGUUGGUAAAAGCUGAAACAAACAAUGGAUCGUUCAUAACACUUAGGUCUUUAUUGGACCAGGGAUCACAGGCCUCGUUCGUGACGGAGUCUGCAGUCCAAUUACUUGGGCUGAAGAAAGUAGCAAGCAGAAGUGUUAUAACUGGGGUAGGGAGUGAUUGUAACUCAUCAGUCAACUCUAAACAUGUAGUUAACAUCAAACUGCAAUCAAUCUACGAUCCGAACUUCACAAUUAGGGUGAAAGCUCACGUUCUUACCAAACUUACCACAUUUCUUCCUGAACGACAGGUUGAUUUGAAACUUUGGUCACACAUGCCUGAAAUGAAGUUGGCUGAUCCAAAGUUUAACGUUCCAAACAAAAUAGACUUGCUGUUAGGUGCAGAGGUGUACUGUCAGAUAUUAUCUGAGGGACUAGUUAAGGGUCCAAUAGGGUGUCCUAUAGCUCAAAACACCAGACUCGGCUGGAUAUUAUCUGGUCAAGUAUCUGAAGACAGGAAAACUGAACAAAGCUGUAGAAACAUCAUAACAACAUUACACACUCAAGUUGUCGAAGAAGAGUUUGAUCUUAAACGCUUUUGGGAAAUAGAAUCGGAUCAGUGUCUUCUCGAUAAACGUCACCACACACCUGAAGAACAAAAAUGCGAAGAAUUUUUCAAACAAACAACCACAAGAGACCCUUCUGGACGUUAUAUUGUGAAACUGCCAUUUAAAGAAGAAAAUCCAAACUGUAAAUCAGGCAAUUCGCGAGAAAUUGCAGUAAGCAGAUUUUUAAUGCAAGAAAGACGAUUAGCAAAAUCACCAAAUCUCAAGGAUCUCUAUUCCGAUGUUAUUGCAGAGUAUCUGGAGCUGGGUCACAUGGAAAAAGUAUCAAACGACGAGAUCAACAAAACAGAAAGUGUGUACUUACCUCAUCACGCAGUAGUGAAGCUCAAUAGAACAACAACCAAACUGAGAGUGGUUUUUGACGCUUCAUGUCGAGACAAGAACGGUGUAUCUCUCAACAGCGAAUUGUUGGUAGGCCCAAGGCUUCAAUCGGAUCUUCGUCAUUUGGCGAUGAGGUGGAGACUGCAUCCUAUUUGCUUGGUGGCUGAUAUAGUCAAAAUGUAUCGCCAAAUAAAAGUAGCUAACGAAGAUGUAGAUUAUCAACGAUUAGUCUGGCGAUCCAAGCCGCAAGAAGAUAUCGAACAUCUGCGAUUGUUGCGAGUCACCUUUGGCACUGCCUCAGCCCCAUAUCUUGCAGUCAGAGCACUGCAUCAAGUCGCGUAUGAUGAAGGUAAACAGUUUCCAUUGGCAGCUGAAAGAGUCCUAAAUGAUUUUUAUGUGGAUGAUCUACUUACUGGAUGUGACACAGUUCUGGAAGGAAAACAAAUAUUUCAACAAAUGAAUGAGUUACUAAGCAAAGGGGGAUUUGAACUUCAAAAAUGGUCAAGCAAUAAUGAAACACUGUUGAACGAAAUAAGCAAGGAUUCAGAAAAAACAACAAGCAAUUUGGAACUCAAAGUAGAUGAAAUUAUCAAAAUUCUUGGACUUACCUGGAACCGACGAACUGACGUCUUCGAAUACUCCGUGCAGCUACCACCUAUCAGUGAACCUGUAACAAAGAGAAAAGUUAUUUCAGAUAUUUCAAAGUUGUAUGACCCUUUGGGAUGGCUUGCUCCAGUCAUCGUAAAAGCAAAAAUGUUCAUACAAAAGCUAUGGUUAGCAGGAAUCGGUUGGGAUGAGGAGUUACCAGCAAAGCUUUUUAAAGAUUGGAGUACUUACCGAGGUGAACUUACUGCACUUACUCAAUUUCGUCUGCCGCGCUGGAUUGGUACGAAUUCAAAGUGUAUCACAGUUGAGUUACACGGCUUCAGCGACGCUUCGUCUGAUGCAUAUGCUGCUGUAGUCUAUGCGCGCGUGGUAGAUGAAGCUGGAAAUGUUAUGGUCACUCUUAUCACCUGCAAAACAAAAGUAGCUCCAAUAAAGCAAAUUUCCAUCCCGAAGCUUGAGUUGUGCGGCGCUGUUCUACUAGCGAAGUUGUUAAAGGAAGUCUCAGAAAUUUUGAAGGUACCAAAGUCAAACUUACAUGCAUGGACGGACUCAACGAUCGUUUUAGCUUGGCUGAGCAGUCAUCCAAGUCGCUGGAAGACGUUCAUAGCAAAUCGAGUGUCAGAGAUUUUAGCUAUUUUAGACCGAGAACAGUGGUCACAUGUGGUAUCCUCUGAUAACCCUGCAGAUUGCGCUUCCCGUGGAGUCAACCCAUCUGAAUAUGAUACACUUCCUCUCUGGAAAAGUGGACCUGCAUGGUUAAAAAACAUAACCAUAGAACACGACAGAACGGACAUAAAGGACACGAACCUAGAAGAGAAAGAAAAGAAAGCUUACCAUGUAACCAAAGAAGAUGAAUUUGAAUUGUGGACCAAGUAUUCGUCUUUACAAAAACUAAUAAGAGUUAUAGCUUAUUGUAGGAGAUUUGCAUCAAAGGCAAAGAAAUCUAUUGAAGCAACGACGUUUCCGAUAUGGUUAACUAGCAAAGAACUUUCAGAAGCAAUUCUAGUUAGCAUAAGAGCGUGUCAAGCUGCUCAUUUUGCACAAGAAAUCAAAGAUAUCGAGACUACAGGUACAGUUAACAAGAAGAGCAAACUUACCACUUUGACUCCUUUUCUGGAUCGUGAAGGCAUUUUGAGAGUUGGUGGUCGUCUUGAGAGAGCUAACAUCAGUGAUAACAAAAAACACCCGAUUGUUUUACCAUCAAAAUCUCACUUCACAGAUCUUGUCAUUGCCGAUGCUCACCAACGAACCCUUCACGGAGGACCUCAAUUGAUGGUAAAUUAUCUACGAUCGAAAUAUUGGAUUCUUGAUAUAAAAAACCGCACAAAAUUGUUUGUGCGCAAAUGUGUCACAUGUGUACGACAUGCAGCACAAUUUAGACAUCAACUCAUGGGACAGCUACCUCCAGCACGCAUCACGCCGAUACGCCCAUUUUAUCAGAGUGGAGUUGAUUAUGCUGGACCCAUCCAGAUCAGAGCUUCUAAAGGUAGAGGUUACCGAGCAUACAAAGGCUACAUUUGCCUAUUUGUAUGCAUGGCCACAAGGGCUGUGCAUCUAGAGGCUGUAACCGAUCUCACUUCACAGGGAUUUCUAGCAGCUUUUAAACGAUUUGUUUCGAGACGUGGACAUUGCGCAGAUCUCUACAGCGAUAAUGGAACGAACUUUGUGGGCGCCGCUCGAGAGUUGAAGAUCUUGGUGGCCCAAGAGCACUCAACCAUGGCUAGAGAAAUCGCAGAGAGUUUGGCCACAGCUGUCCACACACGGACAGAACCACGUGGCAUUUUAUCCCACCAAGAGCUCCUCAUUUCGGUGGAAUAUGGGAGAGUGGAAUAA